UCACGAGCGCCGGGCGCCGUGGCAGUCAAUACAAGACCGUCCGCGUUACGGUACAGACCUCUCAUCGCCAUCGCCGUCGUCGGUCGCCGCGUAACAGUGUACAGCUGUCGUGCGUUCGUGUGCGGCAAGUGCGCGCGUACAGUGUCCGUCGGGUAUCGUCGUUUAACGGGGUAGAGAAUAACGUCCCGACGAUAUACACGAAAACACUAACAAUAAUAAUAUAGUAUAUCAAUCGGUUCCGGACAAUCGACGUGACCGGAAGUGUCGUACACCACUUCCGCCAGUAUAAAGUGUUUUUGUUUGUGUUUUAUCAAACGUUUCCGUGGACCGCCGUGAACUAUCGCCAAAGUAUAAGACAAAAACAUAACAUAACACUGCACCGUCGUGUGUUUACACUUUUAUUCGCGUGGACGUAUCAUGUGUUCGGAAGACGCGCCGCGGAGUUUAGUCGUCAUGUCGUCGCCGUCCGACGAUCGCCGACGACAAUCGUGUUGAAUAUUAUCGAGUCCACCGCUGCGGACUUUUUUCGUCUGCGCUACACGGUCCGCAGCCAUGCGUCCGUCACCCGACCGCCGGCUAAACACUGCCGCCGCUGUCAUCGCGGUCUGCGUCCUGGCUGUCUACGCGCCCGCAGACGUCCUGUGUGGAAAAGCUCCGCGGAUCAUAGAACAUCCCACCAACAUGACGGUCGCACUGCACGAGCCGGCCACGCUGAACUGCAAGUCCGAUGGUCAGCCGGUACCGGAAGUCCGAUGGUACCGGGACGGCCGUCCCGUGGAAUUCGCCGGUAGCGUUCGCAAGGCCCUAUUGCCGGAGGGUUCGCUGUUGUUCCUGGAAGCGUCACAGGGCAAGCGUGACUCGGACUCAGGGACGUACUGGUGCAUCGCUCAAAACGAGUUCGGUGAAGCUGUUAGUAGAAAAGCCAGCUUGGUCGUCACAUACCUAAAACAAGACUUUCGAGUCCAGCCCAAGGACGUGAAUCCCGCGUCCGGUGACACAGCAGUUCUGGAAUGUGACCCGCCGAAAGGACAUCCAGAACCAUCGGUGUCAUGGCAUAAAAACGGCCAAGCUAUAGAGGCUGACGAGAAAAAAAGAUGGUACAUUGAAGAUAAUGGAAAUUUGAUUAUUCGAGACGUGAACUCCGAAGAUGAUGGUUCUUAUACAUGUGUAGCUAGCAAUUUAGCCGGAGUUCGGAAAUCUAAACCGAUUUUGUUGGCAACUCAGAUACGUCCGUACAUGAUACAAGCCCCAAAAGACACUAUAGCUAUGGCUGGAUCCAGUGUACAGUUGCAAUGUAAAAUCGGCGGGACACCACAACCAGAAGUGUUCUGGAAAAAAAUAUCAAACAGUGGUGUCGCACAACACAUAAGGACUAGCCAUUAUAGAAAUGAGAAGCUUUCUGGGGACAGGGACACAUUUGAGCACGUUUACAUAACACAAGACGGCAGUUUGAGAUUAGACAACGUGAGUCCGGAAGACGAAGGGAAGUACGUGUGUCACGCAGAAAAUCACCAAGGCAAAGUAAACGCUGCGUCUUCCCUCACUGUACACUCUGUCCCGUUAAUCGCGCAAAGGCCUGCAGAUACACACGUAUCGGCCGGCAGCAAUGCGGUAUUUGAGUGCGGUGUUCGAGGUAACCCCAGACCGACAAUAUUCUGGUCUUUGCAGGAUAACGACACCGUGUUAUUCCCCGAGGAAAGUUGGAACGAAUUUCAUGCCGAAGACACGAAAGAUUCCGUGUCAACUCUGGUCGUACAUAACGUCAGGAAAGAACAACAUGAUCAGCUGGUCGUCAUGUGUUCGGCAAUCAACGAAGCGGGCUCGGACGAGUGGCGAGCCACACUGACGGUGGCGGCGGCUGCUUACGACGAGUCCUUACCACCAAUCAUCGAGUACGGACCCGCCAACCAAACCCUCCCAUACAGUUCGAUUGGUAAUCUUGUAUGCAAAGCAAUUGGAAACCCUCAGCCCGUGAUCACGUGGUACAAAGACGAUUCGCCGCUGUCGACGGAUAUCACUAGGAUCAACAUCACUGAAUCCGGCACACUCCAAAUCAUGAAUUUACAAAAAAGCGACAACGGCGUUUAUACAUGUGUGGCGUCUUCAGUUAACGGAAAAGCCACGUGGAGUGCUGAACUGAAAAUGGAAUCGCCGAAAAAUCCUAAUGUAGGAUUCUUCAGGUCACCGGAUACGUCAACGUUCCCCAGUGCCCCGAGCACACCCGUUGUCAUCAACCACACGGACACAACCGUUACGCUGUCGUGGGGCCGUAGCAGCAAGUUCGGAUCAUCGCCAUUGCUCGGUUAUCAGGUGGAAAUGUUCGCUUGUGUCGAGAACGUUGGAUGGGUGACAUUGGUGCGGAGAUUACACUCGACUCACUUUACGCAGUCUUUCUUAAAACCAGGCCAUUCCUACUUGUUCGUCGUGCGUGCCGAAAAUUCCCACGGUCUUUCUGCGCCUAGCCAUCUGUCCAACCGCAUCACAUUGCCCACAGAAUACCGUCAAAGUAUAUCAUUUUCCCACGAUAUGUCCAUCGCCAAGUCUACUUUGUUCGGCGGCCAUAUCGUAGACCUCAUCGACAUAAAAACGGUCAGCUCAACUUCGAUAAAACUUUUCUGGGAGAUUCUUAACGGAGAGUUUUUGGAAGGUUUUUAUUUAUACUAUCGUAGCAAAAAUAUGACCGGUCAAAAUACUACGUUUAUGAAACUCUUGUCUAACGCGACUGAACUGUCGGGAGCGUACGUGAUUAACACGCUAAAACCGUCGGUAACAUAUCUGUUUUUCUUGGUGCCGUUCUACAAGCACAUCAAAGGCCGACCGUCGAAUUCGAGGACCGCAAAAACUCACGAAGAUUGUCCUUCUCUAGCACCUCAACACGUCGAACCGACUGCCUAUAACUCUAGUGCAGUGUACCUGAAGUGGAAUCCACCGCCAGAUCACUCGCACAACGGUGUUAUCGUUAGUUACCAGGUAGUCAUACAAGGUGGUGCCAGUUGGGACGUACUAAGUAAUGUGACGGUCAGUGCCAGUACUCCUACUCUGCUCCUGACCAAUCUCACAUCGGGUGUACGAUAUAAGGUCAUGAUUGCGGCAGCGACAAAAGUCGGCUUUGGUCCGUACACGGAUUCGAUAAUACUACCGACAGAUUCUAUGAACCAAAUAAAUCAAUUUAACGAUGCAGUCAUCGAUCAUGAAGAAAUCAAAGAAUUUGUUGCUGAACCGUGGUUUAUUCUAUUGUUGGCCGGAGUCAUAACAUUAAUGGUCAUUUUACUGGCCGCCGUACUUUUCGUCAGAUACCGUCAGUUGGGUGCUAAAAAGUCACACUUAGGAGAUUCAUUAAAUCCUGCCAACAAACUGUCCUAUUCGUCGGGUUUCAAAACUAGUCUGGACGUAUCUCACCGAGGACAAGUAGCGUCGUUUUUGCAAUCCGAACACAGUGUCUCGAACAGCCAACGGUGUUUAUUCAUCGAUGCGAACUCGUGUCAUAAGCCCAAUUGGAUGCAUCAUGAUAUUGAUAGUAACGAGAAAGAUUCUAGUCAACAACUCUUACCUGAAAUCGCUGACUAUGCAGAAGUGAAUCCAAAUACAAUGAGUACAUUUUUAAAAGACCGUGAACUUUCGUCCCCGGCCCCUUAUGCAACAACCACGUUGGUGUCAAACUCGAGUUCUAGAAAUAUGAGACGAAAUUCCGAUGAUACAGCUUACGCUUCAGCCAAUAUUUAUAACCGUAAUCAAAACGUGUAUUCUGAAAGUGGAUAUAGCUGUUGUUCCAGUAAUAAUGACUGCCAGGGCUGCGCAGACGAUUGCGGGAGCAUGCAAGGCGUUCCUGUGUCAGUCGUUCUGAGCGGUUGUGGCCGAAAGACGUUUAGCGAAGUGUCUCACCACAGCAACAAAAGCGGUUCGAGGUUCAAUAAUUACCCACCAUAUUCAUCUAGGCAGCGAGCCCUGAUGCGCACUACGUGUUCGUCCAACGGCUACCACUACGUGGACCCGUCGGUCAUCGGGCCGAUGAGCAGCAGCAGCUACACCAAAGGCUACGGCCGAGACUGCGCGCCGCCGGACGUGGUUGGUCAGCAGCAGAGGUCGCCGUGCUACACCGAGGCGGGUGCCGUGAACACGCAAAACAUCUCGUGAACGGUUUUUUCGACCGAUGUUGUUUAAAGAACGAAAAACUGUCGAUGACUACCCCACCACCGUCGCUGAGUCGUGGCUAACCCGCGGUGCAGAGCGCCAUACCCCAUCGCCGUAGAACGAAACGCGUAUACACACACAGUGUAACAGUAUUAUUAUGAUGUGUUUUAUAGUGCAUUUAUAUAUAAAAAAAAAAAAAAAAAUACCUGUGCGUCGCAUUGUAAUGUAUAUUUGUCACGCUCGCCGCGCGGUGACGUACAGGGUGAUUCCGACGUCCGUUGUAAUGUGAUUAUUAUUAUUAUUAUUAUUAUUGUUAUGACGGCUGGGCGAGAUGUCUUACCUCGUUACGGCCGUCCCUUAUACCGCAAAAAACAGCAAACCAAAAUUAUUGUGUUGUACUCACAUUGAAAUCCCCCUCCCCCACCCGUUCACUAAUUCGCGUACACUCAGGGCCACGAGAGCGAAACAUAUCAUUAUAAUAUCGUUCACCCGUUUCUGACAUAAAUAUAUAGUGUUAUAUACGAGUCUCUAUACUUUUCGGCGGUAUCUUAACGGUAAUAAUUAUUAUUGUGGUUGUCGUACGGCAGCGGUUUCCAAACGAUGAAAUAUUUUUCAUUGCCGUGUUCUACUCGUCGUCAACGGUUUAAUAUUGUAUUACUAUUAUUAUAUAUUAUUACGAUUACCUAUAUGUAUUAUUAUUGUAUCAUGUAAAACGUAACGAAGAAAAAAUAAAUAAAAAUGUUAUUACAUCGUUUACGCGCGUAUACGACGGAAUAUUGUGCAGGUUAUUAGACCCCAACGUGUUUAUGUAAAUCUAAAAUAGUGCCAAUGUAUAUUUUGUAUUUCAACUGUACGUGUACAUUUUAAAUAAAACCUUCCAUUUGUUAUUUAUAAAAUUUAA